AUGGUUGCCACUUCUUUCAAGGGUCUCUCGACCGUCGCCUCCUUGUUGGCCCUCCCCUUUGCCAGGGCUCAGGUCACCGCCACCUUCCCCAACGGACCGACCAACCCGGACAGGCCCGAGAUCGCCGAACCCGGCACCCAGAUCAACCAGACCUCGUACUCCCGUCUCCUGACCUUGAACAGCCCCGGCCCAGACUCGGUCAUUGGAAACGUCGAGCCCAUCGUCGUCGCCUACUGCACCAAGCCUAGGAACGGAGCCAGGUUGAUUCCCGAUGGAACCAUCCACUCUGCUCACUUCGUCAAGACCGACGCUUACGUCCAGAUCAACGGUCUCUGGGACGGAACCCGAGUCAACAUCCCUUACGGCGAUGCCGGUGGUGAGCUCGACCCCCACGGUGCCGAAAACGUCGGAAACCCCAUCGGCGGGAACGUCACCUCGAACGUCUCGGGACAGGACGUCUUCUACGAAGAGUGGAUGUCGUUCGUCUCGUUCGACCAAUUCUGUAUGAGGAUCUGUACGGCCGAGGUCGGAGGAGUUCCUACUUCGAUCAUGUGCGAGCACGAGCUCGACGUCAUGGGUUGUGCUUUCGUCAUGCCCAGCGUCAACAUGUACAACAACAACUCGUUCACUUCGUGUGAGGCCGAUGUCGGGGCUGCUCCUGGUGACUACCCCCUCGCCAACGGGUCCACCUCGACCUUCCGUCAGCGAUACACCGGAUCUUACACCAACGACGGUACCGUUGGCUACUGGACCGUCGGUCAGGAGGUUACCCCCGCGGGACCUCACACCACCCCGGCCGUCUCGAUGUGCACCACCUACCCUACCAUCUCUAACGGAAUCGACACUGCCAACUUUGCCGUCGUCUCCCAAUCUCCCUUGGAGUCUGGUGUCUCGUCGCCCGCAUCGACCACCGCCGUCUCGUCCGGAACCAUGUCCAUGACCACCUCGGGAGCCAGCACCGCCCGAAACACUGGUGCUUCCUCGGGAGCCUCGACCGGUACCGGGGCCACUACCGCCAGGGCCACCACCUCGAACACUGCUGCGGCUUCCGGUGCCGCUGCCAGCUCGCAACCCGCUAGCGCCGCCGGCAAGCUCGACUUUGGCAUGGGAGGACUCUUGCUCGCCGGUGCUGCCGCCAUCGGGGGUGGACUCUUGGUCCUCGCCUAG